AUGGCGGCACUGCAGUCCUUCGGUCUUGACGUUGUGACGCCGCAACCGGCAGUAGAGCUGGGGACAGACGAAUACGCAGCCCUGCGAGACGGCAUGGCGCGUCGUCUUAACCGUGAGGGUGCGGUGGUGAACGGCUGCAACGAGGCGGGGGUUGUUGUGCGGAUGUGGAGGCAGCGGUCCCACGCAUACGCAAUGGAGCGUGCGGCGCAGGAGGCCAUCGUCACGCACCGUUUGUGCGGUGUGGCGCUCCGCUCGAGGCUCGCAGGCAAGCUCGCCGGGCUGCCAGAGGAGGUGCGCCGGUGCCUCGGCGACUGGGAAGCGGAACGCCUCGAAUAUCUUGUGCGGUUUGCAGCGUGGCUGCAUGUGACGGGGCGGCAAACGGCGCGAACGGACUUCGGCGGGCUGCAAGACCUGCGCCGCCGAUGGAUCACGCUGCAAGUCCAGUUCACGCAGUGUGUCGCCGCCGAUGCGCACGUGCGGUCCCAAGUGAAGCACUGCGAGCCGUCCGGUGACGACGCCGUCACCAGCGACCCCGACGCUGUCGUCUGCGUUGGUCCGCAGGGCUGCGGCAAGUCCACAUUCUCCCGCACCCUGUACGCUCUGCUGCGCCAGGCAGGGCUUUCGCCAUGCUGGAUCAACCAAGACGAGGCCGGGGGAAGGCGGCAGUUUCUUGACGCCAUUCGGCGCGCGCAGCGAGGUGGCCACACGCACCUCAUCAUCGACAAGAUGAACCUCGAUGAGGCCGCACGCGACGACUACGCCGAUCUCGGGCUCAGGGCAUUGCCAGUGGUAUGGCCACACCCCGAUGGCACGGAUGCACUAGUGGACAUCUGCUUCGACCGAGUCUGUCGCCGUGGUCCUGCCCACCGCACUUUCAAGGCGGACAGAAGGGAAGGGCGGCGCGUGCGUCAAAGGCUGCUGUACUGUGCGAUGCGGUGCCGUCCACCAACCGAGGGGCCGCUCAUUGAGGUAAGCGUGGCAGACGACACUGCCGCCAUUGCACGGCGCGUUUGGGCUGAACUUUCCGCACGUGGUUUGACGGACAUACCCGAAAUUCAGACACUCGACAUGGCGGCAGCAUUGGGCGUGGCGAACGCCUGCGAGUCUUUUCUGUGCCGUUUCCCCCGCCACGUGGAGUAUGCUGCAAUUCAGAUUGCGUCACCCGAGAGGGUUCUUGAGCUUGUGCCGCCAGAGAUGCUGGACAGCAAGAAGGUGCAGAAAGCCUUCCAUGUGACGACGCUGUACCUGGGUCGUGACGCCUGCAAUGACCCUGUCCUGCUGCAGCAGCUGGUGGGGCUGCUGGGCGAGUCCAUUGAGCUCACGCUGACGAGCGUUGCGUCUGAUCCGAAGGGGACGGCGAUCGCGGUGCGCAACGAGGGAGAGUUCCCCUGCGAAAAUGUUCAUCCGCACAUCACCAUCGCGAACGCGCCGGGUGUUCCGCCUGUGUACAGCAACGAGCUGCUGGACGAUUCCCAUGCAGAUGACCCGUGCCGCACCGUCGUCAGUCUCCCCGCCGGCACACGCAUCACCGGGACAUUUGUCUUCAGGUAG